AGAGAGCAGGUGCAUCCUGUCACACAGAAACUGGGAAGCUCUUGGUGUGGAUGGGUCUUGUCUUCAGGCUGCUGUAUUCUACCAUCUCUUCCUACAGUCUUCUCCCUGCUCAUCCUGGCCAAACUCAUGGAGUCUGCUUUGGGGGCUGCACUAUUUUUGAUACUUGUUGCAGCAUCAGCAGCCCAGGAUGGUUGUAUAUGUCCAAUGAAUAAACGGACAUUUUGUGACAUGGAAUCUGGUAGCUGUAUCUGCAUGGCUGUGGGUUCAAACCAGAUGGUGGACUGUUCGACACUGACUUCAAAAUGUCUCCUAAUGAAGGCAGAAAUGAGCACUGUAAAACCCAGGAAUUUCAUCAAACCUAAACAUGCCUUUUUGGACAAUGAUGGACUUUAUCACCCAGAAUGUGAUGCCAAUGGUAUCUUCAAAGCCAGGCAAUGCAACAACACAGAUACUUGUUGGUGUGUGAACAGCGCUGGGGUUAGGAGAACUGACAAGGGUGAUCAAAACAUGAGGUGCAGUGAGCUUGUCAGAACAAGCCAGAUCUUAAUCGAACUAAGGCACAAAGAACGAGAAGCUGCCUUCCUCGAGGCUGAAGUGGAAAACAGUCUCCGACAAUUCAUUCAGAAGCGGUACCUGCUCCAUCAAAAUUUCAUUCCUGCUGUCAAGUAUGACUACCCAUUCAUUCAAAUUGACUUGAAACAGAACCUUAUGCAGAAGUCUUACAGAGAUGUCGAUAUUGCAGAUGUAGCCUAUUACUUUGAAAAAGAUAUCAAGCAUGACUCUCUUUUUCAUUCUAAUAAUGCAUUUAAUCUCUCUGUCAGCGGAGAACCUCUAGAUAUCGAAGAGAUCCUAAUCUACUAUAUUGAUGAAAAAGCUCCCGAGUUCUCUAUGAAGCAGCUGUCAGCAGGCAUUAUUGCAGUGGUGGUCGUGGUAGUCUUGUCCUUUAUUACUGGGAUUACUGUGCUUGUGUUGACCAGACGGCGGAAGACUGGGAAGUAUGAAAAGGUGGAGAUUAAGGAGAUGAGAGAAAUGAGGAGAGGACAAAAUGCAUAGGUGGUUUGACUUGAACACAAAACUAAGAUUUUUGAGAAAAAUAGAAAGUAGAUAGCUAUAUUACUCUGUGUUUUUGAAGGAGGGAAGGAAUCUAGUUUUUCCUUUAAAAAUAAUGAAAGAGAAAAGCAAUAUCUUUACACAAACAUUUGCAAGUGGUAAUGGAUUUGUUUUUGUUUAAUAUGGUAGAGUAUAUAGUACAUUAUGUGUGUUUCAGAGAAACCCCCAUGUAUACCUCAUCAAUGAAUUCUCCUGUUUCAUAGUUAGUUUUUUAUUAAAGAAAGCAAAGUUGUUCCAUAGCUACACAGUUAGUUUAAUUUAUAUUAACUACAU